AUGUUUAUGAUUUAUAUCUAUCCAAUAAAAUAGAACCUGAUCAUUUUCUGCACACAGACCGGAUUUCAACUUGAUAAGUUUGUGCACUUUAAUCUGUAUUUGUGACAUUGGAGAUAUCCUGCAAAAAGUUUUCUAAAAUGGUAAAAGUGCUUAUUACCUUGGUGUUUUCUUUGGGGAUGUUAUGAGCGCUUGGCUCUCACACCUAAAAGACACCUGAUGAUUUUUGAUUAGGGAAGUUUCCUUAGAACUGGUGUGAAAGCUCUUGCCUUAGUACAAUAUUUUGAUGCAUUGAUCAAUUUUACAAAAGCCUUCCUAUUGAAAUAACUUUUACCAUUUUCAUUAUGCAGUUCCAAAGCUAGGUAUUAUAGCGUCUUACUUUUAAAAAAAUUAACACUGGACAAAGGUGCAUUUUAGACUAUCAUUUAUAGGGAAAGGGUUCAUAGAAUUUUGGCCAAGUGAUUGGUUUUUCUGAUUAUUUUGGUUAUUCUUCCUGUUACGUUUGAAAAACAUUAUUAUGCAAAUGGGUAUCAUCUGAUCUGAGCUUUAUGCUAAUGAGUUCAUCACCUCAUCCACCACUUAAAAAUCAUGAACCUUGCCCUCUUUAUGAUCACGACGGGGGAAAAAAUAACUUGACAGAAAUGAAGGAUAGAGAAAAAAAAAUGAGAUAGAAGAUACUCUAUUUCCUCCAUGGCACGUAGUAGGAUUGGUUUUUGGCUGGUAGGUUGGCCGCUAGGUAAGGAUUUCUUCGGAGAGAGCAACCAGAAACCCUGGCGCAGUCCUAAUCAAGCAGAAAUGCGGGCGUUUGUCUUCAGAUAUUACUUUCUUUGAUUACACCGCAUCGACAGUGGUUAACCCAUCUAUGGAAAACAUACUGUACAAUACUCUGCGCUUGUCCGUCCAUACCAACUACAUUAUCGCUGAGCUAAUUGUUUAAUUAUCCAUGAUGUCUGGCGUGCGGAGUAAUACCUCGGCUGGCCUAAACAGUCAAGCAUACCCACACAUCCUGCCUACCCCGACGGCUCAGGGAGCCAACUUUCAACCAGGAUCACAGACGCAAGGCACAUUCGGUUCCCAGAGUGCGUCAAGUUAUCCUUACUCUACACAGACGUCGCCCUCGCCCUAUGGGCUAGUAGGACAAGCUAUGUCCUAUGGAGCAAAGUCAUUAAAGUCAGACCCUGCUACGUUACAAGGUCAAGGGCCAUAUCUUAGUACGUAUGGUUCAUCAAGCUUCACUGGUAGUCCGCAAGCAACGCAGAGCCCGUAUUAUGGCAUGCAAGGCACGUUUUCAACGGCAGGCUACACAUACCCAUCUACAAGCAAUACAACAACAAAUUCACAGGGUUUUAACAGUACACAUCAGGGUGUAGAAUACGGUUCUUAUACGGCCUACAGUCAAACAGGUUUCAACCAGUACUACGCUUCACAAAAUUACAGUCCAUACAGCAUGUCAAAUAGCUUCAGCGCUGGCACGCCGUUACCCAAUACAACAACGUAUCAGUUAGCGCCGUUACCAAGUGAUAAACUCGACACAAGUGCAGCCCAAUCUGACCCCUCCACCACCCCAUCUCUCUCUAAUGCAGUUGAGAAUUCUUUCACCACCGAUGCCUCCAUCAAGCUCGAUGAUGCCAAUGGUCUUGGACGAGGGCGUCAGGGGCCCAAGAAUGGUAGUAGAACCAAGUCGACGGGGAGGAGUAGAAGGAAUAACCCAUCGCCGCCUCCGGAAGAUGGUUUAGAGAGAGUGUUUGUGUGGGAUUUGGAUGAAACGAUAAUCAUCUUCCAUUCAUUGUUAACGGGGUCAUAUGCAACAAGAUUUGGAAAGGAUGCUCCAGCAGCUGUAUCAUUAGGUCUUCGAAUGGAAGAGAUGAUAUUCAACCUUGCAGACAUGCAUUUGUUUUUCAAUGAUUUAGAGGAAUGUGAUCAGGUGCACAUAGACGAUGUAGCAUCAGACGAUAACGGGCAAGAUUUGAGCAGUAAUUAUAAUUUCCAGACUGACGGGUUCCAUGCUGCUGCUACCAGUGCUAACCUAUGUCUCGCUACCGGUGUAAGGGGCGGAGUCGAUUGGAUGAGGAAGCUCGCAUACCGGUAUAGGAGAAUCAAGGAGAUUUACAGCUCGUACAAGAACAAUGUGGGCGGCCUACUCGGACCACAGAAGAGGGAACAGUGGCUACAAUUACGAGCAGAGAUUGAAGCUAUGACGGAUUCAUGGCUUACCAUCGCUCUCAAAUCUCUAUCAAUUAUUCACUCAAGAUCAAACUGCAUCAAUGUUUUAGUGACAACGACACAACUUGUCCCUGCCGUUGCCAAAGUCCUGCUCUACGGCCUAGGAGGAGUGUUCAACAUUGAGAAUGUGUACAGCGCGACAAGAGUUGGGAAGGAAAGCUGCUUUGAACGAAUCGUAGCGAGGUUCGGUCGUAAGGUGACGUACGUCGCUAUCGGUGAUGCGAAGGACGAGGAGACGGCUGCUAAACAGUUGGACUUUCCUUUUUGGCGGGUAACGAGCCACUCGGACUUAGCAGCGUUACAUCAUGCACUUGAUCUUGGAUACCUCUGAAUAUCAAUCCCGAACGAUGCCAUCCACCCCCACCCCCUUCUCCGUCACCCCCAC